AUGGACACUGAGGGAAUGGAAUUCCUACUGGAUGUGGUCGACAGGUUCCCAGUGCGGGAGGAGUAUGCAGAUAAUGUUGACCAUCCGGAUCCAGUCUUGCUCAUGUACCUUCUGGAUAAGGGGGCUGCGAGUCCGGAGAUUGGUCAGGCAGACGUUGAUUCUGGGGUAGCUGAGAUGGGGAAACCAGACGCUGAAAACAGCAGGUCCUGCAGGUGCAAGUGCCCAGCUCUGACCAGGCUGCUAUGUGCAUCAGACAACAGUUGGUACAUAACAGAGCACCGGGCGAGCCACAAUCAUUCGAUGUCGCUUACAAUGGGAGAGAAAUUGAGGGAGAACAACAUCAACCUUGGCAAGGUAUACAACAUAAUUGGAAUCUUCUUUGGUUCAGUUGAGAAGGUGCCCUUUACGAAAAGGACACUCAGGAACAUUUGUGGGAAGAUUAGUCGUGAACAGGCUGAAGAUGAAUUACGGAAGACACUGCAGGUGUUUGCCGACAUCUGGUCGAGUGACCCUGGUUUCUCCUAUGUGGUGCUCGCCGAGAAAGACAGCAAGGUGAAGAAUCUCAUGUGGGCUAAUGGGAGCAGACGGAUGCAGUACAGGUUCUUUGGCGACGUGGUCACAUUCGACACCACAUACAGGACAAAUUUGUACGACAUGCCAUUAUGUUUAUUUGUCGGAGUUAACAAUCACUACCAGAGUAUCAUCCUGGCUGGCGUGCUGAUGCAUGACGAGCAAGAAGAGAGCUUUGAAUGGGUGUUUUCAGAAUUCAUUCGCAUGAUGGGCGGACCUGCACCUAAAACAAUACUAACAGACCAAUGCAGGGCUAUGGAGGUUGCAAUCAAGAAAAUUUAUCCGAACACUGUCCACCGUUUGUGCAAGUGGCAUGUUCUGAAAAAGGCGAAAGAAACACUGGGGUGGCUUUACACAAAAAAAUGUGAUUUUCAAGCUGAAUUUCACAAAGUUGUUAACCACAUGCUAACUGAGGAAGAAUUUGAAUCAGCCUGGGAUGUGCUGCUUGAUAAAUACAAUUUGAGGGGGCAUAACUAUAUGACCCAAAUAUAUGAGACAAAACAUAAAUGGGCGAAACCAUAUUUCAGAGGUGUGUUUUGUGCGAAAAUGAUGAGUACACAGAGGAGUGAGAGUGCAAACCACAUGCUGAAGACGGACAUGCCCCCUGCAAGCCCAAUGCAUGUUUUCGUCUGACAAUACAUGAGACUUCAAUUUGACCGGAAGCGCGAUGAAAGCUAUGAGGAAAAGAGGACAAUGAUUGGCGGCGUCGUGCGGCGGACUAACCUUGCGAUAGAGCGCCAUGCCAGCAAAAUAUAUACUAGGAAUAUGUUUGAGAAAUUUGGCCGCCUACCGGUAGAAGGAACAGCAGAGUUGUGCUGUCCUUAUUUGAAACGACGCAGAGUUGUGUCGUUGAGCACAUGUAAGGUUAUAUGCUUUUCUGAACAAUUUGUUAGCUAAACUGAAUUUUACUCCUGGCUGUAUGAUAUGAUAAGAAAUCGUAACCGUUUGUGUUCUUGAAAUGUUUAUGGUUGUCUGCACAAUUUGAUAACUGAAGAAAAUUUCACAGCAUGUC